UUUGGAUUCCAUGUUCAUACUACAAUUUAUUUAGCACUGGAAGCGGAGCCACCUCUUGCCGGAAAAUUAGCAAUAGAUAGAGAAAGACAAAGGAAGUUGACAAUAUGUUGGAAGGAAAAGCUGUGAUUGAAGAUACAGAUAUGCCAUUGAAGAUGCAGAUCCAAGCCAUGCGUUGGGCUUCUCAAGCUCUGGAUCUUUAUGAUGUUUUGGACUGCAAAUCUAUUGCUGCUCACAUAAAGAAGGAAUUUGACAAGAAAUAUGGGGGUGGCUGGCAGUGUGUGGUGGGGUCAAAAUUCGGCUGUUUUUUCACUCAUACUAAGGGAACAUUUAUCUAUUUCACCUUGGAGACUCUAAACUUCCUCAUCUUUAAAGGAGCCACUUCUCCUUGAUGUUGGCUUUUCAAGAAAGGUGGACGAUUGAGAUGAAAAUGGGAUCUGUAAUUAUUCUUUAGGUCAUUCUUAAUCUCUCUCUCUCUCCAAGAACCCUCCCCUUUUUUUGGCUUCGAUUUGUUUUUCAGUUUCCACAAGCAAAUAUCUACUAAAAAGGAUAGAUGAUAAUGUAAAUAUUGGUAGUUGACAUCUGCAUGGAUCUUUCACAUUUUUCUUCUAGCUGCUAAGAAGUAAGAACUCUGUAUCUUCCAGUGGAAUUGCUUUUAAGUUCCUCGUAUAUCCAUGAUUAAAUUAGUAAUGUGUGGUGUUCUCAAUAUUUACCUCUAUCUGGCAUAGGAGCAGUUCACAUAAGCAAGGAUAUAUAGCAGAUAGUUGAUUGAAUACUCAAAAGAUGAGAAAUUGUUCAAACUAAAGUGGUCCUUACAUUGAGCUGAACAUUGCCUGAGAUUCAACCACUGUAUCUUGGCUCUCAAACUUGAAUAGUUGGUGUGCUUGACUGCAUACUCGUACUAUAAACAUUCACAAGAGAGCUGAAGUGAACCAUCCUCGUGGCCAAUCAGGCAUAAUCCAAGUUCAUUAACAUGUUCAGGGGCUUAUGAAAUGACGAGAAGUGUAUGCUUCAUUGCGAGGGGGAUCCAGACAUUCUUUCUGAGAAUCUGAAAACAGACAUGUACUAGACCUUAAAAUUUGACAUUAGUUUGAACCUAUUGAUAUAUUACAUCUUGAUUUAGAUGUUAGCUCAGUAGUGCUCAAUUUCUGUAUUGUUGAGCGAAUUUACCUUAUAAUCUGCAAUGCAACUACAUACUAUCUUCCGUUAAUUGCUCAAGCACAGAAUCUAUAAGCAGAGGCGGUAAGGAAAAGACAUUUCCACAUUGUAAAUAGUUUUGUUCAGCUUUUUGACUAUAUUAGCACCCUAUGAAGUUUAUAGAAGGUCCAUUGUUUUCAUGAA